CAUUUUAUUAAAACAUUUUCAUUACCAAAACUUCUUCUUCUUCUUCCUCUAGCCAUUAACACCUGAAAAAUCUCGAAACCAUAAAGGAAGAAGAAUAGAUAAUGAGAUAAAAGAGAUGAAAAUGGUGGGACUAAGUAUUGUUUUGGAGUCUUCUAACAACAACACUCUCAGCAACUGCUUUGUUAGUCCCAAACCGCAUCAGGUUGUCAACAAAUCCACCGUCGUGGUCAGCGCCAUCGCCUCUGACCUCCGCCGUGGUAGUUCUUAUCCGGAUUCUGGGUUUCUCAAACAUUGUUUUCUCUGUAAAAGGAAACUUCUUCCAGCAAAAGAUAUCUACAUGUACAAAGGUGAUAGAGGUUUCUGCAGCGUGGAGUGUAGAUCGAAGCAGAUGGUCAUGGACGAAGAAGAAAGCUUUAGAAGAGAGAACUGUUCCUUCAUGGCUGUCAAUAAGACGAAGUCUGACUCUCCGGCGCCGGCGUCUUCAGGCGGUGGUCAUCACCGUCACCGUCGUGAUACGAGAAACUGAGCAGGCGGUUUUGGAGAAAGCAUUGCAAACUGAAAAGUGUGAUUUGACUUUUCCACCCUUUGGACUUAUUUUUGUCGUUUUGUUUUAUGAGAUGUAAAACCAGAAGGGUGUUUUCGGUAUUUCUUGUUUACAUAUCUAUGGGAGUGGGAGCACCUAGUUUCUAUUUA